AUGGUUGAAAAAGAAAUUAUCGAUAUUUCGAUUAAAUUGUUUUGGAAUGUAAAUGAUUUAUCAGCAACUUUCGUUGGACCUUUAGAAUUUACAACUGUUUUAAACCAUGGUUGUACAACAAUCAAGGAUCUGAACGAACCAGACACAAUUUUAUUAAAUGGAAAUAGCUACAAAAAGAUAGUAGAUAGCGACAUUCACGAUUUGAUAUCCCCUAUUAAUAAUGUUUCCUUGGAAGAGAAAAAUGAAGAAUUAAUGCAAGAUAAUCAGGAAAAUGAGGAAUUAAUGCUCGACCAAUCUAACGAUCAUAUUGAUUCUCAGGAUAACCAGGAAAAUGAGGAAUUAAUACUCGACCAAUAUAACGAUCAAAUUGAUUUUCAGGAUAACGAUAAUCAGGAAAAUGAGGAAUUAAUGCUCGACCAAUCUAAUGAUCAAAUUGAUUCUCAGGAUAAUCAGAGAAGUCCAUCACAAAUUGAUGACUCCAAGGAUGAGAUUGAUGACAAUAGUGAAUCAUUGAAAGUCAAUGAGCAAUCAUCUGAAAUUCAAGAAGACGACGAUCACCAGAAAUUGCUUUUAAAGAAAUCAAAAAAAAGAAAGUGUAAGGUCUUGUUAAAUAUUUCAUGUAAAAAAAAAGAAAAAACACAAAUACAACACGCCUCUUCAUCCGAAACUGAUUCUGAUAAAGACGAAUCAACGUCAUUGGAUACUGCAAUUGAAGAAUUGCAAAUAACCACCACGAAUGAAAUUGAAAAAAAUAAGGCACACCUCUUAAAGGAUAACUUUGAAAUUGUCCAAAAAAAUCAAUUUAUAGUGUAUGGUGAUAAACUUUUUUCAAAGAACAGAUCAAUAGAAGGUCUUCUGAUCACGAAUUUUAACAUUUUUAAUGAUAUCAAUGUGAUUAAUUUUUCCCUUCAACUAUUACCUUCUUACUCGACCAAUGUGGAAUUAUUGGAUAACUAUUUCAAAGAAUGGAAAGUACAAUAUAAUCAAUUUAAAAUUACUCAAUAUAACACUGAAGAUGAGAAAGAUGUUAUUACUUUUGAUAAAUCCGUUUCGAAAUAUAUAAAAUUAGAAUUAAUUAAUAUAAUCACUAUAAAUCAAUUACAUGCUGAUAAAAAAGUUGUU